UGUGUUGGGUGUCGCAACGCAAUGACUCGAGCAGUCGGGUGAUUAAGGCGUUCAGCCAUGUCGGUAGAGGAUGGCAGUGUUUUGAAGCGCACUGUACGGGUUAGGUCAACGACGGGGAUUGUGGUAUUUUGAGCAGGUUGGGCCUCCAGUCUUCUGGUGGCGAUGGCAAGGUCAAAUCUACAAGAACGCUCUACCUACCUUUACGAACAACACCGACUACUGCUUCCUCUCUGCGUACCUCCCGGUUUCGGUUCCGGCUGCCACCCCGGCGGCUCACUACGUGUCUGGCGGACCUUUGUUCGCCCAGGUCCUCGCGUCCCGUCUCUCCCACGCCCGGCCGCCCUGCCCGCACCUGGUCCUAGACAGGCCUCCUUGACCCAGUUCGGGGUCACAGGGGCUACCCUGCCGGUAAUGAGGUCAAGGGAAGAGGUGGAUAAGGAGGAUGGAAGAAAGUCAAGAGAUUCAGGCCUGCCUGCAUUCAGGACAGGAGCUUGGGGAAAGAAUUGGCGUAUCAUAGAGAUUGUUUGGAUUGACACGAGUUACCUAGGCGAAGUUCUUUUCAACACACUUGCGUUUCCUUGUGCUCUCAGGGAAGUGAACUUUGUGCUUUUGUGUGUGACUUCUUUCGUACUCAUCGUAAGCCCGGACAUAGUUGCUUACGUCCAGGACCUAGGUUCGGGGUGUCGUCGGUGGUUGGGCCGGGUCUGUGAUCUCGCUAUGGGUCGUCGGCCCCUUGCUUUGGCGCUCGUUCCGGGCUAGGCACGAGCGGAUGGGAGGUAUGAGGAUCACCAGCGAAGA